CAGGAAUGUUGCCAGCUGGUGACAGAAGCGCUGCUCCACUGACACACAACAGCAGCAGCAGGCAGCAGAGACACGCAGGAAGAAAAGCAACACAUCCACACUCCACCCGUCGACAUGUCUCAGUCAUCAGACCUGGAGAAGGCCAUUGUCACGUUGGUCACCCAAUUCCACUCAGCUUCAGCUGACAAUGGUCCAACGCUGAAAACCGAUGAAUUCAAAAAUCUUUUGUCCUCCCAGCUGCCUACCCUAACCAAGGGGUUCGACACAGAGCGAGGACUGGGUGACAUCCUGCAGAAGAUGGGCGUAAAAGAUGGCGAGGGCAUCUCUUUUAAGCAUUUCUGGAGCUUAAUCCAGUCACUAGCCGUCUCGCAGCACAACAUCCUCAGCAGCCAGAAGGGCUCCUCGUGCAACUGCAUCCUCAUGUGAAGAGCAGACUCUCAGCUCAGCAUUUAACUAAGCAAUGCUACAAAAUUUACAUCACUCUCCUAAUCAGGUGUCGGACAGAAUACAAAGGUGCAAAGCCUAGUCUGCACCACCCAGCAAGCUGUUCCCAUAAACGUCAUCACUUUCCAUGAUUUCCUCAAAUUUAGUCUUAUACUUGUUUUCCAAAUUUAAUAGUGAUUCAAGAGUUUCCAUCACUAAUAGCAGCAGGUUGAAUGGCUCACUACUGUAGUAAUCACAGCUUCAUCAGUCAGUUUUCUAUCAGCUCAAAGUUCUCAAAAUGUGACGAGCGCUGACAGUUGUAAAAAUUGUGGAAACCAGCAAAUGGAAGCAUGAUCUUGAAAUGGAGAAGUUACAACAUCAUUCACCAGAUUAGAAAAGGGAACAAGCACAGGGUCUUAUGGUGUCCAUUUUUUUUUUCUCACUUGCCUUGCAAUGGUCAUCUCACUAGUUAACCGCUUAACUGCAAAGUAUAUAGCUUAUAUACAUACAAGUGUAAUCAACUUCACACAUCAGAAGUGUUAACUCAUAAGUACUUUGUUGACAGAUCGGAAUGUGAGCAUGCCAUCAAACAAAGUUGAGGCCAGGUCAUUAGAUAUACAAAGGAAAAACUGGAAUUUCAAUUUCAGAAGCUGUGAAACAUUUCACCGGAAUUUAUUUCUUCCUUUGUGCAGAGCUGACUCCACAAAUUCUCACUGCGAGUCACCGUUCACAGUAUCUGUUUGAGUGUUCAAUUUGACCUCAUAUGCAAUAAUAACAAAAUACAAAAUUGUAUUUUGGAUUCUUUCUAAAUGUUGGUGUGUUUAAUCUGUUUGAUCUGGAGAAACUCGAGACAGAAGUACAUAUCCCUUUAUAUUUUUCUACCAGUAGUGCUUGGUGCUCUGUGAUUCUGCGUUUUCUAUGUAUUUAUGUUUUGUAAUUCUCUGUAUUCUGACCUUUGUGACACCAUAAGAAAAUGAUGUAAUAAACACAUAAAGAAAUCACCAGUA